AUGAAGAAGAAAGCGAGGCGGUACGUUCCAUAUCAUCUCGCCGUGUGGCUCUAGCUUAUAGUCUCUAUAAGGGCCCGAGCAAGAAGGCCACCACUGGAGAUGCGUUCGAAGAUGUGUUAUAUGGAAGUGAGAGUGAGGUCGAGGAUAGUGACACUGAGGAGGUCGCAUCAAAGAAGACUGCACAGAAAGGGGCGCCGAAGAAAGGUGGCAAAGAGGACUGGAACGGGGCUACACGUCUACGAGUCGAUGAUGACGAGCCAAUGGACUUGUUGGAGGGAACUGCUGGGAAACUUAUCACCGCCAACCGCGGAAAACAGAAACGACCAGGUCAGGAAGCAUCCAAGUUCAAAACAGAGGAAGAAACUGGGAAAAUCAUCAUCGACGAAGAAACCGACUCAGAUGUACCUGAAAAGGCCAAACGGGCAACCAAACAAAAUCCUGAAGAUCUACUUGCGGGAGCUGCCUACAAGGAGAACCUCGUGUCCGUAGACGGGUUCACUCGAAAUCCAAAUGGGACCAUCAAGUUCCACAAGGAUACCAAAAAGAGGCGAAGAGAAGAGAUGGAGAUGGCAGACGGGGAUAUAGAGAUGGAAGACGCAAGUGCCGCGGCGGGAGUGAAUGGUCAACUUGACAAAGCCAAGAACAGAUUUGACGAUUUCACGGUUCUUGGCUGCCACAAGUGGAUACACCGUUGUGAUUAUAUCUACUUGGAUCUCUUCGGACAAGUCGUCUGUGUGGGUCGGGGCUUAGGUGGCAAAGAAAGAUGGUCAUGGAGACGACUUACCGCGGAAAAAGAUGAAGAAGAAAGCGAGGCG